ACCACUGCGUGUUCAUGACAACCACCGCGCCUCCACCUCCAGCUGUGUUCACUCACUCCGCCUUGACAAGCUGUUUGACAGUUUGCCCUUUUUAUAUUUAUUUUGAUAAUAACAAAGUAACGCCCGUUACACUUGGUUCGUAGCUCGCUCGAAAUGAAACCGAGGAAGCAACACGUCCUGUUGCUCUGGUUGCUGGUCUGCUCUGGCGUGACAGGGGCGAUAGAGCCGAUCAGCACUACAAUAGCGGUCGGCAUGGCUGCGACUCUGACGGCGUUCUUAGCUAGCUACCCAAACAUUUUCAACUAUUUCCACGAGUGUUGUCGGCCCGAGUGGAUUUCUCUCAACAGGACAGGUCUCCAGGUUGAUCUGGAAAACAAACUGUUUGGACAGCAUAUUGCAUCACGUAUCAUCUUAAAAGCUGUGAAUGGAUUCAUGAGUAAUAGCAACCCGAAGAAGCCCCUGGUGCUCUCUCUGCAUGGAUGGACUGGCACAGGGAAGAACUUUGUCAGUCAGUUGAUUGCUGAAAAUAUUUACAGGGAGGGGAUGGACAGCAGUUUUGUUCAUGUUUUCACAUCGACUCUUCACUUCCCACAUAAAAGUCAAAUUGACACCUACAAGUCUCAGUUACAGCAGUGGAUCAAAGGCAACAUCACCAACUGUGAACGCUCCAUGUUCAUCUUUGAUGAGAUGGACAAGAUGCAUCCUGGUUUGAUUGACAGCAUUAAACCAUACCUGGACUACUACGAGAGGCUGGAUGGAGUUUCUUAUCGGAAAGCCAUCUUCAUCUUCCUCAGCAAUACUGGGGGGGACAGCAUCAUACAGACAGCUUUAGAUUUCUGGCAAGCAGGACGAAAUCGAGAAGAGAUUGAACUCAAAGACCUGGAAACAUCGCUCUCACUAUCAGUGUUCAACAAUAAGCAAGGUGGGUUUUUUCAAACAAGCUUGAUUGACAAGAACCUGGUGGAUUUCUUCGUCCCAUUCCUGCCUUUGGAGUACCAACAUGUUGUCCAGUGUGCCAUGGCCGAGAUGAAAGCCAGAGGACUUCAGCCACGCCGGGAAAUAGCAGACAUGGUGGCCAAAGAUUUAGUCUAUUUCCCUAAAUCUGAAAGAGUCUUCUCUGUCAAAGGCUGCAAGACGAUAGAGAGCAAGUUGGACUACUACACAUAAUGUCUGAAUCAGAUGAACACUGCGUUCGACCACUAUGUGCACUUUGGGUUUUUUUAAAAGAAAACUGCUCUCAGCCAAAUGACUUAAGAGAGGAAGUCAAGCUGACUGAACUCUGAAAAGGUCUCUUUCUCUGUCUGACCUUGGGGCCAUGAAGAGGAUAUCAGCAGCCUUUCUCCAAUGUUGCAUCUCGCUUACACUCAAUGAAGGGGCUGAUGAGAGGGCACAAUGCCAGUUUAAUGAAAGAAUAAUAAGAUUGCAAAGCUAUCCUUUGUAGCUGAUUAAAGGGUUUGAUCUCUGCAUUUAUCACACAACAGUGAGAGUUUCAAAGACAGUGGUGUUUUACUGAGAGAUUCUUAAUGACAGGGUGUGCUAAAACUAUGGCAUGUCACUGUUUGCAUUUUUUAAAUGUGUACUCCAUAUACAUGGAUUACUGCAACACACCUGCCUUAAUUCUUACUUUCACGAUUUUUAUAACAUCUCGUGUUAUUUUACACACGUGUCCACUGUAAAUAUGAGUUCAUUAAGAGUCAGUGUUGGACUUUGUGGGUGAGGUGUGGUAGUCAGCACUUCAGUCCCACAGUUCCAAUACAAAAACACAUAAUGCAGCAACCUGUUUAUAUGUAUCAUAUUAAAACCAACAUUAGCGACAUAGGUUUUCUACACUGUGCUGCUACAUGCUGUUAAUAUCUGUUUGGUUAAUGAUACAACAGAUUCUGUUAUGUAUGAGAAAUAUUAUUAUUGAUAUAUUUGUGCCCAUGGUGAAAUACUGAAAUAUCCAGAUGUAAAUUUGCCUUACAGAAUGCUUAGAAUUUUUUUUUACACCAUGUCUGGAGCUGCUGUAGGACACUGGGCAUGAACUCAGGUUAAGUGUUCUUUUUAUUUACCUUGUUUUUAUUUUUAAUCUUCAAAAAUGCAGAUAGAUAAGAAUAGAACAUUCAGGUGAUAUUGUGUAUAAGAUUGGCUAAUUAUCCAAUUUCUUGGAUUUUAAAAGAAGUAAUGACAAAUUUUGCCCCAAUCCAGUUAAAAUCUUUUGCCUUUACUAUGUUUUGUCUUGAAAAGAGAGGGAGUGUUAAGUCAUACAUAGUCCUGCCCACAUGUUGUGAAAAAAAUGUUCUGUUUCUUAAAGUCCUACAGUUUGCUGUCAGGUUUUGAAACUACAACAACAAAAACUGUAGGUGUGGGUGUAAAACUGAUAUUGUGUGAUACUGUGUAAACACCACCAGGAAAAACAAAUCAUAAUUAAAAUAAGACAUUUUA